GUCAUUUUCGAAAUGCAAAAAUAUGUGAUACAAAUAAAAGAGAGAUUUUAUUUUAGGCCCAUUUGGCACUAAAUAAAGGAGGGCAGUGAUAAAAUCUGCCUUGAAAGGCGUUUAAGUAUGCUGCUCCCUCUACAUGGAACAAGUUACAGAAAUCCAUGAAAUUUAAUAAACUGGUCUCAUCGGACAAUUUUAAGAGGAUGUUAACUGACUUGGAGGCAGCCACAUCUGGCAGUAGUUGUUAUGCCUGAUGUCUAAUGGAUUGUGGUUGACUUUAAAGGGUUUGAUAUUUUAGUUGUUCUAUAUUAUUAUUAUUUUAGUGAAUUUUAUGUCUGUAUUUAUGUAUGGUUGCACUGCUGCCCAGGACCCAGAGAUGUUUAAUCUCUCUCCUCCUGGUUAAAUAAAGGUCAUAAAAAAUAACAAAUUGCACUAUUUAGCCACCUAAAAACACAGCGAGGAAAUAUCUUUCACUGUGAUCAACCCUAUUUUCAGGGUGGAAAAAUGCACAUAACAUUACAUUGCAGUAUAUUACAUCACGUGUCCCCACACACAGAUUCUAGAAAUUAAAUGACAGUGUGAAUGAACAAAAUCUAUAGAUUCCGGGACAACUUCAAUUUUCAGUGUAUUUUCCAGGAUCUCUGUGUGAAAAGGGCUUUACAUUUUUAGCCAGCCCAAGAACUCCUAAAAUAUAACAAAAGUUUCAUCUUUGCUUUACAUUAUUUUUAGAGAUUAUUAGUUAGAUAUUAUAUUAUUCAUAUGUGUACACCUGGUUGCAACUUGCAACAGUAUAUGAUCAAUUUCAAAAUGUCCGAGGCUUGAGGCCUCUGUUUUAGACUAAUUCUUAAUAAAUACACAAAUGUAAUCUUGUUUAGUGUUGUAAUCACAUGCUAGAAGCAUUUGAAAUCUUUUAAAAUGUCUGUGUUGAUUUUAACUUUAAACCCAAUAGUAGGCACUCCCAGAUGGCUAAUAUAUGGUAAAUAUAUAAGAAAGGCUUUCACUCAGUUCCCUCGCAGUUCUACACUCGGCGAGAAACUAUUUUUAAGACACACUGAGGGAAAAUGGAGCGUUUACUUCUAGUGUCCAUCUUGAAUGUGCUGCUAAAUCUGUCUCGAGCCGUUCCUGCUACAGUGUUGCCCACUGAUCAAGAUGUUGAAUCUCAACCUGAUGAAAGGGAUAUUUCGUCAAGAAUUCUGGAAGCAAACAAAGAGAUAAGUGAAAUGUUGCUGGAGGGAGAUGUGGCUUUGCCUAGAACAAGGAAUGCCAUUAAAUGCUUGACUAGCUACUGCAAAUGGCCAAAAUCUUCAUCCGGACGGGUUGAAGUGCCUUACACCAUUGCUGACUUCUUCUAUACCGAAGAGAAAGCAGUUAUUUUAAGUGCGAUGAAGAACAUUGCUGAAAAAACGUGCAUUAGUUUCGUGCCCCAAACAAAUCAAUUUGAAUACAUCAGUAUUGAGAGUCUACUGGGGUGCUGGUCUAGCGUAGGACGAACUGGAGGUAAACAGCAACUGUCUCUGUCAGUGGAGGGUUGUGUUUAUUAUGGUAUCGUUGAACACGAGCUCCUCCACGCUCUUGGUUUCCACCAUGAGCACACCAGGAGCGACAGGGACCAGUAUGUCCGCAUCAACUGGGAAAACAUUCCAAAAGCAUCCGCAUACAACUUUGAGAAGAAAGACACAAAUAAUCUGAAAACCCCUUAUGACUACAAUUCCAUCAUGCAUUACGGAAGGACUUCCUUCACCUUACAGUAUGGGAAGGAAACCAUCACUCCUAUUCCUGACUCAUCAGUGAAGAUCGGACAGAGGCAGGAAAUGUCUAACAUUGACAUUCAGAGGAUCAACAAUCUCUAUGAAUGUGCUCUAUGAAGUGGAUUCAACCCUAAUUGAAAUACUGACUGUUGCAGAACAAACAGAGUUACCACUGCUCUGUUAAAUGAAAACAUUUGUAUUCCUUUUUUGUCUGUAACUUAAUUUUG